GAUUCUGUAAGGUUUGCCUCCUCUAGCGCUCCGUACGGACUCAAACCUUCCGCUAAAGCAUGCUGUUUAUGUAUUUAUUGAUUUGUGUGGCUAAUAUUUGAUAUACAGCUAUCGGUUAAAGCGCACAUAAAACUUUACAGAAUAAGUAAAAACAAUGGAGACCGAAAAUCGAAAUAAAAAGCGAUCCUAUGGAGAGGAUGGAAACUCUGGCUCAGAACGAUCAGAGGAUGACGAUUAUGUUCCAUAUGUUCCAGUGAAAAUAAGAAAACAGCAAAUGCUGCAGAAGAUGUUACGUGUGCGAGGAAAGGCAGUGGACGAAGAGCAAAAAGACAGCGGGGAGGAGCAGAGAGAUGAGGAAGAGGGUCUGGGCCCACGCUCCAAUAUUAGCCUCCUUGAUCAACAUCAGCACCUCAAAGAAAAAGCAGAAGCCCGUAAGGAGUCUGCCAAAGAGAAGCAGCUUAAGGAGGAGGAAAAGAUUCUUGAAAGUGUUGCAGAAGGCAGAGCUCUGAUGUCUGUGAAGGAAAUGGCCAAAGGUAUCAUAUAUGAUGAUCCCAUAAAAACAAGCUGGAAGGCACCACGCUACAUCCUGAAUAUGCCGGACACCAGACAUGAACGCGUCAGGAAGAAAUUCCAUAUCCUCGUUGAUGGAGAUGGCAUUCCUGCUCCCAUCAAAAGCUUCAGGGAGAUGAAGUUUCCCCCAGCCAUUUUGAAAGGUUUGAAAAAGAAGGGAAUUGUGCACCCAACACCAAUCCAGAUUCAAGGAAUCCCCACAGUGCUGUCAGGUCGAGACAUGAUUGGCAUCGCCUUCACUGGGUCUGGAAAGACUUUGGUCUUCACUCUGCCGAUCAUUAUGUUCGCCUUGGAGCAGGAGAAAAGGUUGCCUUUCUUCAAAAGAGAAGGACCAUAUGGACUCAUCAUCUGUCCUUCAAGAGAGUUGGCGAGGCAAACACAUGGCAUCAUAGAGUAUUACUGCAAGCUGCUGGAGGAGGAAGGAGCUCCUCAGCUGCGCACUGCCCUCUGCAUCGGAGGAAUGUCUGUCAAGGAGCAGAUGGAGGUAGUGAAACAUGGCGUCCACAUGAUGGUUGCAACCCCUGGAAGAUUGAUGGACCUGCUGCAGAAGAAGAUGGUCAGUCUUGACAUUUGCCGCUACUUGGCUCUGGAUGAAGCAGACAGGAUGAUUGACAUGGGAUUUGAAGAAGACAUCAGGACCAUCUUCUCUUAUUUUAAGGGACAAAGGCAAACUUUGUUGUUCAGUGCUACUAUGCCCAAGAAGAUCCAGAACUUUGCUAAGAGUGCUCUGGUCAAACCGGUCACCAUUAAUGUGGGCAGGGCUGGAGCUGCCAGCUUGGACGUCAUCCAAGAAGUGGAAUACGUCAAAGAGGAAGCAAAGAUGGUCUACCUCCUGGAGUGUCUCCAGAAAACACCACCUCCGGUGCUGAUAUUUGCUGAGAAGAAAGCUGACGUAGAUGCCAUUCAUGAAUAUCUGCUCCUUAAGGGUGUGGAGGCAGUGGCCAUACACGGAGGAAAAGAUCAGGAGGAAAGAACAAAAGCCAUCGAAGCAUUCAAAGAAGGGAAGAAGGAUGUCUUGGUAGCUACAGAUGUUGCCUCUAAGGGUUUGGAUUUCCCAGCUAUUCAACAUGUAGUGAACUAUGACAUGCCUGAAGAGAUAGAAAACUAUGUUCACAGAAUUGGAAGAACUGGACGAUCAGGCAAGACUGGCAUUGCCACAACAUUCAUCAACAAAGGCUGUGACGAGUCAGUGUUAAUGGAUCUGAAAGCUCUGCUAGUUGAAGCCAAGCAGAAGGUUCCUCCAGUCCUCCAAGUACUCCAGACAGGAGAUGAGACCAUGCUGGACAUCGGAGGAGAGAGGGGCUGUACAUUCUGUGGUGGUCUUGGCCAUCGUAUUACAGACUGUCCCAAGCUGGAGGCCAUGCAAACCAAGCAGGUCACUAACAUCGGACGAAAAGACUACCUGGCUCAUAGCUCAAUGGACUUUUAAGAGCUUUUUCUUCAGAUUAAAAUCAUCCAUUGCUCAAAGGAAGUGAGAAAUAUUUCUGAGGAAGCUGUAGUUACGUGUCAUGUCACUGAAGUAAGGAAGUGUAUUUUAUCAUCAUUUUACACAGUAUGUUAGUUAGUUUUCCACCUUUUCCUUCCAGAUGUUCUUUCUCUUUUGAACGCACCUUUGUAAGACAGUUUUGAAGCUCUAAUUGUAAAUAAAUCCUCUAUAUUUGUUA